AUGAGUGUCGCUCGGUCUUCUGAGUGCCUCUUUUGCCUCUUUUCACGACCCUCUCGCCCAAAGUCCUUGCCUCGCCGCCAGUUUCAUUCCUCCCCUGUCCACCAAAAGCGAAAGCCCCGAUUCCCCAGCGUGAAAGCAGAGCUUGGCCAGGUUGAUCUCCGUGCACGAGCCAAAGAGUUUCCCUCGGUACAAAAUGGCACGAUCCCUGAGCGAUACUCUCCGGAGCAGCUUGCAGCAAUUGAGGCAGCUCAGAAACUUAUCAAUGUCGACCAAAUGCAAAAGCAGACCGGCAUGCGGACAGAUUCCUGGAAGCUGAAAUACUACGACGAAUUGACCAAGAUUGAUCCGGUGGUAGAUAAGCCGGUGCGGGCGCCGAUGACCAAUAUCGACGACAAGUCUAGGUUAAAGACAGAUGAAGAGCUGGAAGAUGACUUUGUCAAGUUUAUCAACGAGAUACCUGAACCGAAACAUGAAAACGACUAUGACCAGGAGCUGUGGGACAAGUUCGACAAGAACCUCCGCAUGACAGUCGGACGUGAAGACGCGGAGAGGAAUCCUCCAACGGCGCUUGCCCCAGACUUGCCGAGAAUUUCAGAGCCCACCAAAGCACAGAAAAAGAAAUCCAAACGGGAUGAGGAGGGAACCGGAAGAAAGGAGAAUCUCGUGUCGCCUGAACUCUUGCAGUUGAUGCAGAUGACCGGGUACAGCGAGAAACAGCUAGCGCAGCUCCGGGUCAAGACCAUUAUGCACCACCGCGUUGUGAAUCAGACAAGGCUGGGCAAGAUUUCAAAGAUUUAUUGUUUGAGCAUCGCCGGCAAUGGCCAGGGUCUUAUCGGCAUAGGGGAAGGGAAAUCGCAGGCAGGCUCCGCAGCUAUAGCUCAGAGCCAGUAUCGUGCCAUUCGGAAUAUGACACCCAUUCUGCGGUACGAAAAUCGAACCAUCUAUGGUGAUCUGAAAGCCAAGGUCAGCGCCACCGAGCUGGAAUUAUACGCAAGACCACCCGGCUUCGGACUCCGUUGUCAACAAUAUAUCUGGGAGAUUUGCAGGUGUGCAGGCAUCGCCGACCUGGCAGCCCGUGUGACACGAUCGAGAAAUCCUAUGAACACGGUCAAAGCUACCGUGCAGGCUUUGUUGAGCCAGAAGCAUCCAGAGGAUAUCGCGAGGGCUAGGGGGAAGAAAUUGGUGGAUGUUCGCAAAGUGUAUUAUGCAGGACAAACAUAG